GUAACCAACAUAUGGCGCACGGACAUUGAACUUCUUCAACUUCAACCCACUCCACUCUACUCCAAUCCGUCAUUCAUUACAGUCGAGCCAUGGCGAUCGUUUCUAUCCCCUUCUCUCUGCCUCACCUCAAUCUCCGCCCAGUCAACCGAUUCUCUGCUAUGGCUUCCGCAAGCGCAAACGGAGUGGCGACGGCGGGAGUGAAGAUCUCAGAAGGUGAAGGUAGCUUGCCCAAAGUUGUUCUCACUUCUCCUCACGGCAGUGAGGCGGAGAUUUACCUAUAUGGAGGCUGCUUGACGUCUUGGAAAGUUCCUGGUGGGAAAGAUCUUCUUUUCGUACGCCCUGAUGCUGUGUUCAACAAGAAAAAGCCCAUCAGUGGAGGCCUUCCGCAUUGUUUCCCACAGUUUGGACCGGGUGCUAUUCAGCAGCAUGGAUUCGCUAGGAACAUGGAAUGGUCAGUUGUUGAUUCUGAGAAUGUAGAGGGUGACCCAGUUGUAACAUUUGAGCUGAAGGAUGAACCUUACAGUAGAGCUAUGUGGGACUUUGGUUUCCAAGCCCUAUACAAGGUCAUUCUUAAUGCAAAGAGCAUUUCCACAGAACUUAAGAUUACAAAUACAGACAGCAAGCCAUUCUCGUUUACCACUGCUUUGCAUACAUAUUUCAGCGCGUCUGUCACUGGAGCAUCAGUGAAAGGUUUGAAAGGUUGCAAAACAUUGAAUAAAGAACCUGAUCCUACAAAUCCUCUGGAAGGACAAGAGGAGAGGGAUGUGGUCACUUUCCCUGGGUUUGUAGAUUGCGUCUAUCUUGAUGCACCUGCUGAACUUUACCUUGAUAAUGGCUUGGGCGAUGUGAUUACUAUCAAGAAUUCAAAUUGGACAGAUGCUGUUCUAUGGAAUCCACAUCUUCAGAUGGAAGCAUGUUAUAAAGAUUUUGUUUGCGUUGAAAAUGCUAAGAUCGGGAAGGUAGACCUACAGCCCAGUGAAUCAUGGAUAGCUACGCAGCAGCUCAGUCUCAGUUAAAGUUUCCAUUCAAAUUGGUCGAUGAACAGUUUCACUGCAGGUUCCAGUUUUUUAUAAACGUUUUCAGCUGUGUAAACAAUAAGAGUAAUUAAUUUACUCCUUUGUAAAGUUCCAUGUAUUCAUUUUUCACUCGAAUGAAUUUCUUUCCUCUUUGCCUUGUCCUUACCAAUAGUCAGCACAAGAACAUCUUCCAUCUCUGGAACAGUGGAACCAAAUUCUGUCCCGCAUUACAAUCUCCCUAUUAUAAAUCCUGGAAAUGAGUUUCAUCACAUCAUGACAAUCUUCACAAACACUAAGAUUCUUGAAAAUCCGAAUUCCUGUCCCUGGUUUAGUAUGAGUCAACCCAAAUGCAACAGCCAGCUUCUCACUGUGCUGAUUGAUAGCAGUUUCUUUUGCAUUGUCUUCAAGAUCUAGCAAUAGCACUCUUGUCACAGGUUCAUAGCCUUCUUGCCACAGCCGAUUAGCUAUCUCGUGCCAUUUGCUGUAAAUUACAUCUGCCUCCGGAUGGUUUCUAUCACCUCCCACAAAUCAUGAACCAUCCUGUUCAUGCUGCUUGUUUUGCAUCCUGGUAAUUUCGACACUCCAUCUUCUUUCAUCUUUUUUCUUGUUUCAGCUGCCAGCUCCCAUUCCUUUGCAGCAGCAUGGAUGUUUGCCAAGUGAAUAUACCUUCCACUAUGAUCAGGGUUCAUUUCAGUUACGAGUUUCCCUAUUUAUUUACCUAUCUCUAGAUUCCUAUGUAUCUUGCAGGCUUUUAGCAGUGACCCCCAAAUGAUUGGAUGUGGUUCAACAUGCAUUCUCCUGAUCUUUAGCUUCCAUCAACAACCCGGCUCUACCCAGUAGGUCAACCAUGCAUCCAUAGUGCUCAAUUGUUGGACUCACGGUAUGACCUUAUGCUUUCGAACAUCGAUUAUCCCUCCUCCACUUUUCCUGUGCAAGCAGUCAGAAUAGCUGUAAAUGUGACUUGGUUUGGUUCGACUCCUGUUUUCAUUUUGUUAAACCAAGAAAGAGCUUCUCUUCCUUGGACGUGGAUAGCAAACCCAAAAAUCAUUGCAGUCCUUGUAUGAACACUUUUGUUCCGAAUCUUCUCAAAUGUCUUAAGAGCUUCUUCCAUAUUGCCAUACAUGUCUAUCAGAGCACACCCUAGAAUUUAAUCUAACUUCAUUCCAUUUCUGUUGAAAUGUACAUGAAUCCAUCUCACCUGGUCCAAGGCUUGAAGCUGAGAGCAAGCAAAUAGUGCACUGGUCAGCGCUACAAUAUCGAGUUUGACUCUGGCUUCAGCCUGCAUCUUAUGAAAUACUUUCAAAGCUUCCCUGUCAACCCUCCCUGAACAUACCCCGAAACCAUUAUCGUCCAUGAAAUUGCAUUCUUUGUCAGCCUCUCUUUGAAUAGCCCAGUUGUUUUCAUAAUCUCCCCACAUUUUAUGCACCCAUUAAUCAUCGUGUUCCAACUUCCAAGUAACGGUGUAGUGUUGGUUUGUUGUCAGGUUGAAGAGAUGACAUCCAUUGUUUACACUACCAGAGCUAGUGUAUGCGUGAAGAAGAGCAUUUAUGGCAUGAACUUGGGAGCCAAACCCUAAUUCUAUGACCUGACCAUGAAUUUGCAUCGUCUCUUCCAAAGCUGACAGAUUCUAAUGAGCUUUGAGCAAGAAAGGGAAGGUGCUGUGUGGAGCUGACUGAGCCUGCAUCUGGCGACUUGGCUGUAGAGAAUCAAGGGCACCUCCGGUUCGUUGCUGUUUGCAUACAGUUGUCUAAUCACUGUGGUUCCACUUGAAAGUGUUCAAGACUAGGCACGUAUUCGACACAUGAGAGUGAAAUUUCUCCAUAUGUACAUCUAUCUAGCAGAGCUUCUACUGCUAGUGGAACAUGGCAGGUUGCUAUUGUAAACUGUU